AUGUUUGAAUAUUAUGCAGUAGGAGAAGAAUCAAAUAAAAUUCAUGAUAUUCAUAAGUAUCUUUUAGCUAUUUGCAAUAAAAAAAUGGUUGAUAAGUUAAUAAAUAUCUAAAAUAAACAGUAAAAAAUUAGCACUUCUAUUGAAUAAAAAACAAGACCUUCUUUUAAUUAUCGCCCAAAAGAAAAAUGUAAGAUGAUAUUAUAUUUUAGAUCCAACCUUAAUAGGAGCAUAAUAUAAAUAUUUUAAAGCACAACCAAAAAGAAAAUAAAUUUAUUUAAGUACUCUUCAAAAUGAUUAAUCUGAAUCAACUCCAAGAUUAAAAGCAAAUUCAAUAGUUUAGGAAUAAAAAAUAGAAAAUUAAAUGAACUCAGCAAGGGUCAUAAGUACUGCAUAAUAUCCAAUUGACAGAAAUAUCUCUAUUAAAAAAGCAGAAAAAUCAUCAAAAAACUACCAUUUACCUAAAUGUGAUAGUAAUUGGAUAUUUAAUCUCAAAAACAUUAGAUAAAGAUAAGAAUAAUUAUGA